GUUAGACGUAUUUCUAAAUACGAAAAUUCUGACAGCGUGGAUGUCAGUCUACUUAGCUCUGCCUAUCUUAGCCAGCAGUGCUGCAAAUCCCUGGGUGUAUGGUUAUCGGAACUCCGAACUCAGGUGUGCUGUUAGGAGGGUUGUCGAUGACCUUCUGACAGCCUUGGGCUUCACAUACCGCAGCCAAGCGAAUUCAUCCCCUGCAGUAGCACCAAGCGCUGCAGCCACAGUUGGAGACGCUGGCUCAUUCAUCGAUCACGUGCAACACGGAGGCGGCUCAUUGAUCAGAAGCUUAGGGGACUGGAAGACCCCAGGGGAAUUCUUACUGGUUCCUAUUGCCAGGCCAGAGAGCUCCGGUGUGGUUUCAGAUUGUGCUAGACUUGUGUCAUCGGACUCGGUGAGGGUGCUCAGGACAUCUAGGAGUAUGGUUGAGACCUUCGCCGUCAAUAAGGGGUCAGAGGUGGUUAUUGCUAUGGAUGGGAUGAAACAUGGGUCUAGCGUGAUAUGAAUAAAAUGUGUAUAUUAUUAGUUCACUUAAAUUUGAAUUAUUGAGCGCUAUUCAAAAAUAAUGGCUAUUCUCCUACAGCAGAAAGUUUGUCCAAAAAUAGCAUAGAAAGUUACUGGGAGUCCGAUUGGACCUUGAAAUUUAUAUACUUAGC